GGGGAGCUGAUCCCGUGCAGGGUCUUCAGGACUUUGUGCCCGUCCACCAGGGACACGCAGUCGUCUCGGUCGGUGCCGCUGCUCAGGCCCAGCAGUUGCUGUCAUAACGGACCUCUGAGGGAAGCCGUAACUGCUACAUGGCCUGUGACAAAAACAUUUGACACCCUUAAUCCAAAGGAGGCGCUUAGAUCAUCAUAUAAGCGGUCCCGCGGUUCUUGGCGAGGCCGUUUGGAAGGUUGAACUCGCCUCAUGAUGUGGACCCUCCUGGUCGUUUGCGGCGUUUGUGCUGUGCUACACGGCGUGCGAGGCGACGGCGACGUCGACAACGCGCUACUGUACAGAACCACAGCUCCGCCGUCGUGCCGCUACUACUGCGGCAGACACAUGGGAAGCUGUUCCUGUUCCAGCUCCUGCCGGUACAAUGGCGACUGCUGCCGAGACUACAGUUAUUACUGCAGUAGCACGACUCCACAACCAUGGACCACAGGUCAGGCCUCAUGUCGCUACAACUGCGGCAGACACAUGGGAAGCUGUUCCUGCUCCAGCUCCUGUCGGUACUAUGGCAACUGCUGCCGAGACUACAGUUAUUACUGCAGUAGCACGACUCCACAACCAUGGACCACAGGUCAGGCCUCGUGUCGCUACAACUGCGGCAGUCACAUGGGAAGCUGUUCCUGCUCCAGCUCCUGUCGGUACUAUGGCAACUGCUGCCGAGACUACAGUUAUUACUGCAGUAGCACGACUCCACAACCAUGGACCACAGGUCAGGCCUCAUGUCGCUCCAACUGCGGCAGUCACAUGGGAAGCUGUUCCUGUUCCAACUCCUGCCGGUACAAUGGCAACUGCUGCCGAGAUUACAGUUAUUACUGCAGUAGCACGACUCCACAACCAUGGACCACAGGUCAGGCCUCAUGUCGCUCCAACUGCGGCAGUCACAUGGGAAGCUGUUCCUGUUCCAACUCCUGCCGGUACAAUGGCAACUGCUGCCGAGAUUACAGUUAUUACUGCAGUAGCACGACUCCACAACCAUGGACUACAGGUCAGCCCUCGUGUCGCUACAACUGCGGCAGUCACUUGGGAAGCUGUUCCUGCUCCAGCUCCUGCCGGUACUACGGCACCUGUUGCCGUGACUAUAACUAUUACUGCAAUAGGACAACUGCAGAGCCAUGGACCACAGCCCAGCUUUCGUGUCGUUACAACUGUGGCCGGGACUUGGGAAGCUGUUCCUGCUCCAGCUCGUGCCGCUACUAUGGCAGCUGUUGCUCUGACUACUACUCGCACUGCUACUCCACAACAGCCACGCCGAGCACGGAGGGGCCCUGCGGUGGUUCCAUGUUUGGUUCUGGUGUUUUCUCCAGUCCCGGGCACCCUGACUACUACCACGACAACGCCUACUGCGUUUGGCACCUCAGAUCUUUGCAAGACCAAAGAGUACUGCUAGAAUUCUCAUACCUGCAACUGCAGAGCUGCUGCAACUGUGACUACAUUUCAGUCUACGACGGGCCAUCCAUCAACUCCCGAUUUUUGGGAAAAGUAUGCAACGACAACAACAACAGCAGCUUGAAUUUUUUCUACUCGACCUCCGACCACAUGACCGUGGUCUUCCGGAGCGACAGCGCAGUCGUCGGGAGAGGAUUCCGUGCAGAGUUCACAAGUGCUCUGCCGCAGGACCAAGGUAGAGUCAACUGUUCCUCGGAUCUCAUGAGCAUUACGAUUGGUCGCAAGUACCUGAAUUCUCUGGGCUACGAUGGCCACAGUCUCUACCUCAAUGACCAGUAUUGCCGACCCCAGGUUUUUCCAAAGGAGGUGGUCUUCCAAUUCCGCGCCAACAGCUGCGGGACCAGUCGAAAGGUUGACAGCAGAUGUGGGAGCGUUAACAUUGUUCAAUUCUAACAAAAACAAAUCAAU